GUCUCCAGGCGCCCGCCCGGCGGGCCGCAGCCCGUCUCCGGGAUGGUGCAACUGUACAACCUGCACCCGUUCGGGUCGCAGCAGGUGGUGCCCUGCAAGCAGGAGCCCGAGACGUUCUGCGGCGGAGGGCGCGACGCGCUGUUCGUGGCGGCGGGCUGCAAGGUGGAGGUGUUCGCUGUCGACGCCCAGGGGCUGUGCCGGUCCCAGUGCACUUUUUCCACGCUGGGCCGCGUGCUGCGCCUGGCCUACUGCGCGGCGGGAGACUAUUUAGUAGCAAUUGAAGAGAAAAACAAAGCUAGGUUUCUCCGUGCUUAUGUGAACUGCAGAAGUAAAAGGACUGAGAACUCUCGAGUGUGUAUCCGAAUGGUUGGACAUAAUGUGGAGGCACCCUUCAGUGAAAGCUUCAGAGACCAGCUGUCUAUUGUUGAAAUGCCGCUCUCUGAGAACCCUUUGAGCAUUUCUUGCUGCCCUGUGAAAGGAGACCUUCUUGUUGGCUGCACAAAUAAGUUAGUCUUAUUUACUCUAAAGUAUCAGAUCAUUAAUGAAGAAUUCUCAAUAUUGGACUUUGAACAUUCUUUAAUAAUACACAUAGAUAAUAUCACUCCUGUUGAAAUAUCUUUUUGUGUUGGAUAUGCCGCUGUUAUGUCAGACUUAGAAGUCUUAAUCCUAAAACUGGAGUCAGAUCCCAAAGAUGGAGAGAAUGUUACCCACCGUCCACAUAAGACCAACAAUUCAGUGAAACAGACACAAGGCACCAGUAAUGAAACUUUGCAACUUGAAUCAGAUGAUUUUGUAAUCUGCCAAAAGCCUAUGGAACUUCUUGGUGAAAAAAGUGAACAGUGUGGAGUAUCUGUUACACUGGAGACAAUAGGAUUAUCUGAUGAAAAAAUAAAAUAUUUUCAUGUUCAGCACCUGCUCUAUAGACGUUUUGCUCCUGAUAUUUCAUCCUAUAUUUUGCCCGAUGAUGCCAAGUUGCAUUCACUUCAGCUGCUACCCAUUUACCAAACAGGUUCUUUUACUUCUGAUAGAAAAAAUUCAUCUCAGGAAGAAAAGUUGCUGAGUCUUUUUUGUUUCUUUUCAUUACCUCACGUGGGCUAUCUCUACAUGGUUGUCAAGUCUGUUGAAUUAAUGUCAGUCUACCAGUAUCCUGAGAAAUCUCAGCAGGCAGUGCUUACGCCACAGUUUUUGCAUGUUAUUACAAGUAACAACCUGCAGUGCUUCACAGUGCGGUGUAGUGCGGCGGCAGCUCGCGAGGAGGACCCAUAUGGGGACACCACCCUGAAGGCUUGCCCGCCUGUCAGUAUGGAUAUUUGUGCUUUGAGAAUACAGCUCUUCAUAGGCUUGAAAGCCAUUUGUCACUUUAAAAACCAUGUCAUACUUUUGACUAAGGCAGACUCUGAGUCUACUCCAGAGAGAAGAGAAUCACCCAAGAGGCUUCUUUCUAGAAAAGAUACCAGUGCUAAGCUCAAAACAUCUCCUGUAGCUGAGGCUGGUUGGAAUUUAUAUAUUGUGAAUACAGUCUCACCGGUGCAACUAUACAAGGAAAUGAUAGACUACAGUAAUACCUAUAAGACUGCUAAAACCCAGAGCUGCAUCCACCUUCUCAGUGAGGCUCAUCUGAUAGUGAGAGCUGCCCUUAUGGAUGCCAGUCAGCUGGAACCUGAAGAACAAGCAGAGCUUUUAGAAGCAUUUAAAGAAAGCUGUGGCCACCUUGGAGACUGCUUUAGCAGGCUUGAUACUCAGUAUUCCCACCUCGCCUUGCCAUACUAUAAGAUGUCUGGCUUGUCUAUGGCUGAAGUUUUAGCCCGAGUGGAUUGGGCAGUAGAGGAUGGAUUGCAGAAAUAUGAGAAGGGAUUAAUCUUUUACAUAAAUCAUUCACUUUAUGAAAACCUGGAUGAAGAAUUAAGUGAAGAAUUAGCAGCAAAAGUGGUUCAGAUGUUUCAUGUGGCAGAGCCAAAACAACUGCCCCAUAUUCUCUGUACUCCUUCUAUGAAGAACAUUAACCCUUCAACUGCCUUGAGCUAUCUAAGGAAAUUGGAUACUUCUGAUUGUUCAUCAGUAUUAGUGACAUUGGCCAAAGCAUCAAUAGCUCUGAAAAUGGGAGAUCUUGACCUGUAUAAGAAUGAAAUUAAAAACCAUUCAGAGAUGAACUUUGUACGUGGCUUCAUUCUGGAACCUCGGCUAUUAAUUCAACAGAGGAGGGGACAGAUUCAUCCAACUGAGCUUGCUGUUUACUUGAAGGAAACUCAGCCUGGAUUGCUGGUGGCUUCAGUCCUAGGCUUGCAGAAGAGCAGCCAUAUUGGAAUUGAAGAAGCAGAUUCCUUCUUCAAGGUGCUUUGUGGUAAGGAUGAAGGUACAGUUCCUCAGCUCUUGGUAGACUUCUGGGAAGCUCAGCUGGUAGCAUGUCUCCCACAUGUGGUACUUCAGGAACUCUUCCACAAACUCAUAUCACAGUACAUCUGGAGAUUAUCUAAGAGGCAGCCCCCUGAUACCACACCAUUGCAAACAUCAGAAGAUCUGAUAAAUGCAUGUAGUCAUUAUGGCUUAAUCUAUCCAUGGGUUAAUGUCUUAAUAUCAUCUGAAACUUUACCGGAUAAAGAUUAUGCAGAAGACCUUUCAAAAUUGCAGUCUCUUCUCUGCAGUCCUUCAUUUGACAUAGCUUCCAUGAUUCUGUUCUUGGAGUCAUUUUCAGACCACACUAUUGCUGGCCUUAGCAUUCAUGUUUUGUGUCAUACACGCUUGAAAAAGUAUGAACAGUGCAUAGAUAUGCUGUUAGAAAGGUGCCCGGAGGCACUCAUCCCAUAUGCUAAUCAUGAACUGAAAGACGAGAAUCGGACUUUGUGGUGGAAAAAACUGUUGCCUGAACUUUGUCAGCGAAUCAAAUGUGGUGGAGAGAAAUAUCAACUUUACCUGUCAUCAUUAAAAGUUCUCAAAGGACUCUGGAAGCUAGCAGAUGGUUCCACUACAUUAGAAGAAGAAACUAGGAUUCAGGAGUUUAAAAACGUUGUCAGUUGUUGCUGUGGAAUUAGAACUGAGGGAUUUCUUGAGUGUCCUCCCAGAAGAUGGCACUGCAGCAUUUUUCUUGCCGUAUCUUCUUUACUGCAGUCGAAAGAAAUCAUUGACUUGAAGAUGUCAUUUGAAAAUACCACAGUGGUAUAUGAGAGUGAAUUUAAAAAUUGAAUGCCAGGUAAAAAUAUAAACAGGAUUUUCAUAUUGAGUAUGUAUCUAUAUUGCCAGUGCUUUCAGGCUGCUUCCCUACCAUGUAGAGGUAUUAUCAUUUCUUAAUUAUGACCUGAAUUAUUUAAUUGUCCAGAAUGUAAAAAAUCUCCAAGUCAUUAAUACUUUCUUCAAAGAAGCCAUAUAUUUUUCAAGGUGGAGACCUACUGUUAUUCCAUGUCUCCAAGGUGGAGACCUAAUGUUUAUUCCAGGGAACAUCAGUUCACUGUUGUUGGAGAUUGCACAGUCUUCUUCAUCCCAGGAACACAAAUAUUUUGCAAAUAUGCUUGAAAGAAUGCCACUCCAGGUGUUCCAGAACUGUCUUUUCAGAAAGAUUUCCAGAUUUCUGUAUUUAUGUUUCUUUGAUAAGAUGUUCAUGUUUUGCCACAUUAAAAGAUUUUAAACUUUAUUUUCUUGUUAUUUUUAAAACUCAUGGUGUAUUUCUCUCUGAAUCAAAUAAAGUAGAAGGCUACAAAGUCAUCUUCUUGUCUAGUUAACGUGAUUUGUUGAAUGCAUGCUUUUCAGCCAAAGCCUUAUUUCCAAGUAUCUCUGCUCUUUCAGAGAAUGUGUGAAAAUAAGGAAUAUAUCAUUGUAUUCACUACUGUGUCUUCUUUUUUAACCUCUUACUAAAAGAAUUUUUAGUUCAAGUCCAGCUCACUCAUAGUGUGCUUUGAUACUUAAGGCUGGGCAAAAAUUCUACUCACCCGAUGUCUGCUUCAACUGUAUUUUGAAACUUUUCUCCUGAUGGUACUAUUCAUCUUUACCAGAUGUCAUCUAUAGAAUUUCUCCAGUUCCAGCAUAAUAUCCUUUGGCCAUCUCUUAAUCGUUACUCAAAACUAGGAUUGGCACCACUUUACCUCAUGCAAUUUCUUUCAAUUAAUUCAUUUCAGUUUUUAUUAAU